AUGUCAACUUUAUGGAGAAAGAUACAGGUUCCAGGAAGUUUGAACGUAUAUAGAUUCGACAAAGUGUACAGACAGGGGCCAGCGACCCUGGUAAAAAACAUAAACAAAUUGCCACUGCAAGAAAGAAUACAAAACUCAGUGCAAAAAGUAACCUUUCUGGAGGUAAGCCAAAACACCGGAUCCAUUUUUGGAAAAACAUUUGGAAAAAGUAAACAGGUAAAAAUGGUAAAACAAAAGGGAGUAGUGCCAGAAAGCAUAAAGGAAGGAAUAAAUAAGCAAGUUAAGAAGUUGCCAGCAUCACUGUUAAGGGCUAAGGGUUGUGAAAGAGGAGAUGAGAGCACAGUGGAGGGAAAAAAGAAUAAAAGAAAAAAAAAGAAACCUGAAAACAAGGAAUCCACGAAAGAAAAUGAGCAAUUGAAAAAAAUGGAAAGCGUAGAGGAGAGUGGCAAGGGAAGGAAGGGUGGAAAGAAGGACGGAAAAGUGUACAAAUUGAAGUUUAGGAAUUUCGAAGGAACAAUACAGGAGUUUAAGAAGCUGCUGGAUUCAAACGCGAAAGAGCUGGGAGAAUAUAAGAAGGUAAACAUGAGGCCGAACAAGAUAGUAGUCUCAUUCAGCGAUAAGAAGAUACUGGAAAGGUACCUGCGCCACUAUAACAAUUACGAACACGGGGAGCAGAAGCUGAAAGUGGCAGAGAUGGACUACUACGAGACGGUGAAGACAGACUACAAGCACCUGAGGUUGUACGGAAUACCAGAGGAGUACGAUGAAAAGGCAGUGGAAGAAGGACUGAAGAGAAGAAUAAGCAUAGAAUUUAAGAUUAGUAAAAGGAAGGAAGAAUAUAAGCUGGAGUUUAGGACAGUGGCAGAGUGCGUGAAGGCGAACGCGAUCCUGAAUAACUCGAGAAUACCACUGCUGAAGAAAAAGCAGGAAACGUUGGUGAAGGUGCACACGGAAAUGGCAUUGUUUGGAGCAGCAACGCGAAAUAGCACGAGAGUGUUCGUGAGGAAUUUGCCCUUUGGAACGCCGGAGGAGGACAUACUGGAGUAUUUUAGGCGCUACGACAAAAAGGUGAAGGUGCACAGACCGUCAAAAGCAAAAGGGUUCGCAUUCGUGAGCUUCUCGUCGCUGGAAAGGGCGAGGAAGGUGAUCAACGAGUUAAACGGAAGAAUGUUUAACAAGAGAAAAAUACAGCUCUCAAUGUCGUUGCCGAAGCAGCUGUAUGACCCGAAGAAGGAAGGGAGCAAAGAAGACCCGGCAGAAGGAAUGGGUGAUGAAAAAAUGAUUGAUGAUGGAUCAACAGAUGAAAAAAUGAUUGAUGAUGGAAUGGCUAGCAAAGAGGAUCUGGAAGAUACAAUAUUUGUAAGAAACCUGGACUACGGCUGCACGGAAGCGGAGUUGUCGGAGUACUUUUCGAAGUUCGGGGAAGUGGAGAGCUCAAAAAUCGUACUCAACGAAGAUAAAAAAAGUAAAGGAACAGCAUUCGUUAGAUUUAAAAGAAAGGAGGACGUAAAGAAGAUACUCGAGAGUGAGAAGUUGGCACUACUGCGAGACGAGCAGCUGAGCAGCGAAAAGCCGACGCUGGGCAUAGGGUUCACGCUGAGGGGAAGGAGACUCAAGGUCGACGGCGCGCUGGCGAAGGGGAGAGCAAAGGCGCUGAAGCAGCACAGGGACGAGGAGGAGCUGAGGAAGUACAACGAGGGGAAGAACAUGCACCUGCUGAUGGUGGGAGUGCCCUCGGAGGAGUCGCCGGAGUACGCGAAGAUGACGCCUGAGCAGCGUGAGGGGCUGAAGGAGUACCUGGAGCGGAAGCUGGAGAAGAUACGCCAGAAAAACACCUACGUGAACCCCAAAAGACUGUGCAUAAAAAACCUACCGGGAAACAUAAACAGCAAUGACCUGAGAGAAGUGAUACUGAACCACCUGAAAAACGUACUGGAUUCGACUGAGUACCAAAAGAUCAGGAAGAUGAAAAACAGAGGAGUAGUGGAAGUUAAGUUAUUCAAGGGAGACACGUACACGAAGGACGACCAGGGAACAAAGGUGAAGAAGAAGAAGCCGUACGCGUUCGUGGAGCUAGUGGACCACAACAUCGCAACGAAGACGCAGCAGCUCUUCUCAAACAACAGCACACUCUACCAGCCAAAGACACUGCAGUGCGAGUACACAAUCGACACGAGGUUCGAAAAGGAGGAGAGGACGAAGGAAAAAAAAGUUAAGGUGAAGAAGAAGACGUACUCGCGAGGGAAGAGGCAGAGGGAGAAGAGAAGACAGCAGAAGGCACUGAAGCCGCAGUAA